AUAAGUAAGGGCUUUGUUUUGUUUUUCAGGUAACUGUAGAAUAGUUGAAUUAUUUCAUUUGAUCAAGAAAUUCAGCUGGACCUGUUAACUCCUUAGUCAUAGUUUUCUGAAAAUUUGCUGUCUAUUUCAUGUGUCAUUGUAGUAAAGGUGGUGAUUAGCGACUUGUGUUAAUGUUUAAUAUUGAAUACACACUCCUUUCCAAUGACACAUAUUGUUUGUAAAUGAGACCCAUUCUGAGUUUCUGUACUCUCGGCACAAUUUUCUAUACUUGGGUGUUCUGUUAUUAAUUUCUUUUGUUCAGUACAUUAGAAUUUUAUUUGCAAAUAGAGUAAAUAUGAUUUAAAUAAUAUAAUUUAAUGCCGUGAUAUGAUUAUAUUGUUGUAAAAGGGUCAUUAAGAGCUUUUUGCCUUAAAAUCAAAGCAGUCUAUGUUCUUAGUAGUUACGAAAUAGAUGCAUGCAUGGCCUUGGUAUAAAUAGAAUUAAGAUAAAUGCAGUUUUGUAGAUUAAGAAAAAAAUCGCCUAAAUAUUUUUAAAGUAGUGAAUUAGUUUAUCACGUUGACAGAGUAUGUGUUUGUUUGUUUCGUACCCUUAGGUAAUUUAAACCAACCCUCGUUCACCUAUACUAGAAAUUUCAUACAGGGAAAAAAACAGCAGUUUUGGGGGGAAAAAAACUAGGGACAAGAAAACUUAGUCUUCAAGCUAACAAUAUUUUUUUGAGAUGCUCACAGAUAAAUAUUUUCAGUUUUGUUUUCUUUUUGAAAUAUGAAUUUUAAAGGAUGCUGGGAAUAGCUUCGAGUUGUGUAAACUUUUUGAUUCAGAUAAUUGAGAUAGUUUUUUUUCAAAGACUGCCACAUAAAUUAUAAAGUAAUAUUUUUGUAGGAGCUUGUCCUGAUAAAAAUAGGUUUAUGCUUUGACUAAAAUUUAAUUAUAACUCAGAAACUUCUUUUAUCUACUUUCUUGAAGCAGUUGAAAUUUAAAGACUUUUCUUUAUAUUUAGCAGGUUUUUGAACAGUUAUUCUUAGUUGUUUUUUUUUUAAUAUACCUUGUUAGCAUUGCCUUGUCUUUUACAAUUUACUUGCCAGAAGUAAUUUUCAAAACCUACUUAAACAGAUUCAUUUUCAAGCAUUCCUUAUUAUAAACUGUGCCUAUGCGUGUCAGGAAUAAACCCUCCUUAGAAAAAGGAAGAAGGAACUCCUUAUUGUCUGUUUUGACGUUAAUAAAAUUAAGAAGAGCGAUUACUGGAGACAUCCACUUUACCUGGCUUAGUUUUGUCACGUGAGCAUUCACGUUUACUGGUGAUCUAAGUGCUCCACCUGCCUUUCAGUUUGUUUACCAGGAAAUCAAGAUGUGUAAACUGCAGGAAGUACUAUUUGACCCUCUCCGACAGUAUCUCAUUACAAUAAUUGCUAAUCUCUGAAUAAGACAGCCAUGUUUUGUGAGUAACUGAGGGAGAGAGGUUGUGUUAGGUAGAUUUUAGGUGUUUCAACAAAUAGAGCAUUGUAAAUGCUUACUUGGAUUAUGUUUUCAUGAUAGCUUUUGAUUAAAAGACAUGUGGUGACCUUUGGGGUCAGCAAAGCUAGGACACAAUAGUAGGUAUUCUUUCAUUCCUUUUAACUGAAAAAUACCACGGCUUGUUGUUUUGGAGUGCUGUCACUGCUCUGAAUCGAAAGGAUAAUGGCUACUUCCUGAUUAAACCCACUCUCCACAAUAUGGAGUCUGGAGAACGGUUACCAUCCUCAACAGCCUCCUCUACUACACCUUCAUCUUCAGUACCUUCUGUGGCUUCAUCAGUUUCAAAAGGCGGCCUUUCCACGGGAGCUGCUUCCCUGAGCUCUACAAUCAACCCAUGUGGACAUUUAUUCAGAGCAGCUGGGGAUCAACCGUUUAACCUGUCCACAGUGUCGAGUGCCUUCCCAAUGGUCAGCCACCCAGUCUUUGGUCUACAUUCAGCCAGCUCAGGGCAUUCAGAAUUUGGUGGUUUGGGGACACUUGGUACACCCACAGCCUUAGCCGCACAUCCCCAACUAGCAUCUUUUCCAGGUGCAGAAUGGUGGCGAACAACAGAUGUUCAUACUCGUACAGGGGCGACCUUCUUUCCACCAUUGCUGGGAAUUCCACCGCUGUUUGCUCCUCCAGCCCAGAACCAUGAUUCUUCUUCCUUCCAUUCAAGGACUUCAGGAAAAAGUAAUAGAAAUGGUCCUGAAAAAGGUGUAAAUGGGUCAAUAAAUGGAAACACUACAUCAUCUGUAUCUGGUAUCAACACACCUGUACUAUCCACUACUGCUUCAAGUUCUGUGGGACAAAGUAAAAGUAUAAGCUCAGGUGGAGGAAAUCGAAAAUGUAAUCAGGAACAAAACAAAAACCAGCCUUUGGAUGCUAGAGCUGACAAAAUAAAAGAUAAGAAACCAAGGAAGAAAGCUAUGGAAAGUUCUAGCAACAGUGAUAGUGAUUCGGGUACAUCAUCAGACACCUCAAGUGAAGGCAUUAGUAGUAGUGAUUCAGAUGAUCUAGAGGAAGAUGAAGAAGAAGAAGAUCAAAGUAUUGAAGAAAGUGAAGAUGAUGAUUCUGAUUCAGAGAGCGAAGCACAGCAUAAAAGUAACAACCAGGUGCUAUUACAUGGUAUUUCAGACCCAAAAGCAGAUGGACAGAAAGCAACUGAAAAAGCCCAGGAAAAAAGAAUACAGCAGCCAUUACCUCUUGUGUCUGAGUCCCAGACUCACCCAUCAUUCCAAUCCCAGCAGAAGCAGCCUCAGGUUUUGUCACAGCAGCUUCCAUAUAUUUUCCAAAGCUCUCAGGCAAAGGAGGAAUCUGUGAACAAACACACAAGUGUAAUACAGUCUACGGGAUUGGUGUCCAAUGUGAAACCUUUAUCUUUGGUAAAUCAAGCCAAAAAGGAAACUUACAUGAAACUCAUAGUUCCUUCUUCUCCUGAUGUACUUAAAGCAGGGAAUAAAAAUACCUCUGAAGAAUCUAGUCCUUUGACCAGUGAAAUGCGAUCCAAACGGGAACAAUAUAAACAGACAUUCCCAGCACAGUUAAAGAAACCAGAGUCAUCCAAGAGCUUGAAGAAGGUUAUUGCAGCUUUGUCAAAUCCGAAAGCAACCUCUAGUUCACCAGCACAUCCAAAACAGGCGUCAGAAAACAACCACCCUAAUCCAUUCUUGACAAAUGCACUUUUAGGUAAUCACCAACCAAAUGGAGUUAUUCAAAGUGUCAUUCAAGAAGCUCCUCUAGCACUUACUACCAAAACUAAAAUGCAGAGUAAGAUUAAUGAAAACAUCGCUACUCCAAGCAGCACCCCUUUUUCCUCACCUGUAAAUUUGAGUACAGGUGGGAGAAGAACCCCUGGCAGUCAGACAGCUGUAACCCCCUCCGCCUCUCCCAUACUGCAUAGUCAAGGGAAGGAAAGAGCAGUUAGCAAUAAUGUAAACCCAGUGAAAACACAGCAUCACCCCCACCCUGCAAAAUCUUUAGUGGAACAGUUCAGGGGAACAGAUUCAGACAUUCCCAGUAGUAAAGAUUCUGAAGAUUCAAAUGAGGAUGAAGAAGAAGAUGAUGAGGAAGAAGAUGAGGAAGAUGAUGAAGAUGAUGAAUCUGAUGACAGCCAAUCAGAAUCAGAUAGUAAUUCAGAAUCAGAUACAGAAGGAUCAGAAGAAGAUGAUGAUGAUGAUAAAGACCAAGAUGAAUCAGAUAGUGAUACUGAAGGAGAGAAAACGUCAAUGAAACUGAAUAAAACAACUUCCUCUGUCAAAAGCCCUUCCAUCAGUCUCACUGCUCACCCAACACCUCGUAACCUCCACAUAGCAAAAGCCCCAGGCUCUGCUCCUGCUGCCUUAUGUUCUGAAUCCCAGUCACCUGCUUUUCUUGGCACACCUUCUUCCACACUUACUUCAAGUCCACACUCUGGCACUUCCAAAAGGCGAAGAGUAACAGAUGAGCGUGAGCUGCGUAUUCCUUUGGAAUAUGGCUGGCAAAGAGAGACAAGAAUAAGAAACUUUGGAGGGCGCCUUCAAGGAGAAGUAGCGUAUUAUGCUCCAUGUGGAAAGAAACUUAGGCAAUACCCUGAAGUAAUAAAGUAUCUCAGCAGAAAUGGAAUAAUGGAUAUCUCAAGGGACAAUUUCAGCUUCAGUGCAAAAAUAAGAGUGGGUGACUUCUAUGAAGCCAGAGAUGGACCGCAGGGAAUGCAGUGGUGUCUUUUGAAAGAAGAGGAUGUCAUUCCCCGUAUCAGGGCAAUGGAAGGCCGUAGAGGAAGACCACCAAAUCCAGAUAGACAGCGAGCAAGAGAGGAAUCCAGGAUGAGACGUCGGAAGGGUCGGCCUCCAAACGUGGGAAGUGCUGAGUUUCUAGACAACACAGAUGCCAAAUUGCUAAGAAAACUGCAAGCUCAAGAAAUAGCCAGACAAGCAGCGCAAAUAAAGCUUUUGAGAAAACUUCAAAAGCAGGAACAGGCUCGGGUUGCCAAAGAAGCUAAAAAACAACAAGCAAUAAUGGCUGCUGAGGAGAAGAGAAAGCAAAAAGAACAAAUAAAGAUUAUGAAACAACAGGAAAAAAUUAAAAGAAUACAACAAAUCAGAAUGGAAAAAGAACUUCGAGCCCAGCAAAUUCUAGAGGCUAAAAAGAAAAAGAAGGAAGAAGCAGCAAAUGCCAAAUUAUUGGAGGCCGAAAAACGAAUAAAGGAAAAAGAAAUGAGAAGACAACAAGCCGUUCUUCUGAAGCAUCAGGAGUUGGAGAGGCAUAGACUAGAUAUGGUAUGGGAACGAGAGAGAAGACGACAACAUAUGAUGCUUAUGAAAGCUAUGGAAGCUCGUAAAAAAGCAGAAGAAAAAGAACGGUUGAAGCAAGAAAAACGUGAUGAGAAAAGAUUAAAUAAAGAGCGUAAACUGGAGCAACGAAGAUUAGAAUUAGAAAUGGCAAAGGAACUAAAGAAGCCUAAUGAAGACAUGUGCUUAGCAGACCAAAAGCCUUUGCCAGAUUUGCCUCGUAUUCCAGGACUUGUUCUCUCUGGAAGUACAUUUUCAGACUGUCUCAUGGUGGUGCAGUUCUUACGAAACUUUGGUAAAGUUUUGGGCUUUGAUGUGAAUAUUGAUGUUCCAAACCUGAGUGUUCUUCAAGAGGGAUUGCUAAAUAUAGGGGACAGCAUGGGUGAAGUACAAGACUUGCUUGUGAGGCUCCUCUCAGCUGCUGUAUGUGAUCCAGGUCUAAUUACAGGAUACAAGGCCAAAACAGCUCUUGGAGAACAUUUGCUGAAUGUUGGUGUGAACCGAGACAAUGUUUCCGAGAUCUUGCAGAUUUUUAUGGAAGCCCAUUGUGGACAAACUGAGCUUACGGAAAGCCUGAAAACCAAAGCUUUUCAGGCUCAUACUCCAGCACAGAAAGCCUCAGUCUUGGCUUUCCUGAUCAAUGAACUGGCAUGCAGUAAGAGUGUGGUGAGUGAAAUUGACAAGAACAUUGAUUAUAUGUCAAACUUGAGGAGAGAUAAAUGGGUAGUAGAAGGUAAACUUCGCAAGCUCAGAAUCAUUCAUGCUAAGAAAACAGGCAAAAGAGACACGUCAGGUGGCAUUGAUCUUGGAGAAGAACAGCAUCCAUUGGGCACCCCCACACCAGGACGCAAACGAAGAAGGAAGGGAGGAGACAGUGAUUUUGAUGAUGAUGAUGACGAUGAUAGUGAUGAACAAGCUGAUGAAGAUGAUGAGGAUGAAGAAGAUAAAGAAGACAAAAAAGGAAAGAAGACUGAUAUCUGUGAAGAUGAGGAUGAAGGUGACCAAGCAGCAAGUGUUGAAGAGCUAGAAAAACAGAUUGAAAAACUGAGUAAACAACAGAGUCAGUACAGAAGGAAGCUCUUUGACGCUUCUCACUCUUUGCGUUCGAUGAUGUUUGGCCAGGAUCGUUACAGACGCCGGUACUGGAUUCUUCCCCAAUGUGGGGGGAUUUUUGUAGAAGGCAUGGAGAGUGGUGAAGGACUAGAAGAAAUUGCAAAAGAAAGAGAAAAACUAAAAAAGGCAGAAAGUAUCCAGAUCAAAGAAGAAAUAUUUGAGACUUCUGAAGAUACUUUAAAUUGCUCAAAUCCAGAUCUUUGUGAGCAAAAGGAAGAUCCUAAAGAAAAAGAUAACACAAACUUGUUUCUUCAGAAACCUGGCUCUUUUUCAAAAUUAAGCAAGCUUUUAGAAGUAGCUAAAAUGUCUCCUGAGUCAGACAUAAUAACCCCCAAACCAAAUAGUAGUGCAAACGGGUGUACAUUGUCUUAUCAAAACAGUGGAAAACAUUCAUUGGCCAGCAUUCAAUCAACAGCAACACAAAGCAACAUGGAGAAGACAGACUCUAAUAAUCCAUUCAGUCCUGGUUCAGGUGGUCCAGGGAAGUUCUACAGCCCUCUACCCAAUGACCAGCUGUUAAAAACACUGACUGAAAAGAAUAGACAGUGGUUCAGCCUUUUGCCAAGAACCCCUUGUGAUGACAGUUCACUCACCCAUACUGAUGCAUCAGCUGCUUCUGUGGUGACUCCUCAGUCUCAGCCACCAUCCCAGUCCCCCUCCCCUGCUCCGGCUCCCCUCUUGGGGUCAUCUUCUGCUCAGAAUCCUGUUGGCCUAAAUCCAUUUGCUGUAUCACCUCUUCAGAUGAAAAGUGGAGUAUCUAUGAUGGGACUCCAGUUUUGUGGAUGGCCCACUGGCGUGCUUACCUCCAAUAUUCCAUUUACAUCACCUUUACCUAGUCUGGGAUCGGGGUUGGGAUUAUCUGAAGGAAAUGGUAAUUCGUUCUUGACUCCCAAUGUUGCUUCAAGUAAAAGUGAAUCUCCAGUCCCACAGAAUGAAAAAGUCUCUUCAACUCAACCUGCAGCUGUCGAAGUAGCAAAACCAGUAGAUUUUCCUAGUCCAAAACCUAUUCCAGAAGAAAUGCAGUUUGGUUGGUGGAGAAUUAUUGACCCAGAGGACCUAAAAGCUUUGCUCAAAGUGCUGCAUCUCAGAGGAAUAAGAGAAAAGGCAUUACAGAAACAAAUUCAGAAACACUUGGAUUAUAUUACCCAAGCCUGCAUCAAGAAUAAGGAUGUUGCUAUUAUUGAAUUAAAUGAAAAUGAAGAAAACCAGGUAACUCGAGAUAUUGUGGAGAACUGGUCAGUAGAAGAACAAGCAAUGGAAAUGGAUUUGAGUAUUCUUCAACAGGUAGAAGAUCUAGAAAGGAGAGUUGCAUCAGCAAGUUUGCAAGUAAAGGGUUGGAUGUGUCCAGAGCCUGCAUCAGAAAGGGAGGACUUGGUAUAUUUUGAACAUAAGUCAUUUUCUAAGUUGUGCAAGGAGCAUGAUGGAGAAUGUACUGGCGAAGAAGAAAGCAGUGCACAUGCACUAGAACGGAAGAGUGACAACCCCCUAGAUAUAGCUGUAACCAGGCUGGCUGAUUUGGAGCGGAACAUUGAGAGAAGGUAUCUGAAGAGCCCCUUAAGUACCACCAUUCAGAUCAAACUGGAUAAUGUGGGCACAGUUACUGUCCCUGCUCCUGCACCAUCCAUUAGUGGUGAUGGUGACGGAAUUGAAGAGGAUAUUGCUCCAGGGCUCAGGGUAUGGAGAAGGGCAUUGUCAGAAGCUCGCAGUGCUGCACAGGUAGCUCUGUGCAUUCAGCAGUUACAGAAAUCAAUAGCAUGGGAAAAAUCAAUUAUGAAAGUUUAUUGCCAGAUCUGUCGAAAGGGAGAUAAUGAAGAACUGCUUCUGCUUUGUGAUGGUUGUGACAAAGGCUGUCACACAUACUGCCAUAGACCCAAGAUUACAACCAUACCAGAUGGGGACUGGUUUUGUCCAGCUUGCAUUGCUAAGGCAAGUGGUCAAACUCUAAAAAUCAAAAAACUUCAUGUCAAAGGAAAAAAGACUAAUGAGUCAAAGAAAGGCAAGAAAGGAACUUUAACAGGGGAUACUGAAGAUGAAGACUCUGCAUCUACAAAUAGUUCACUGAAAAGAGGAAACAAAGACCUGAAAAAAAGAAAAAUAGAGGAAAACACUUCUAUUAACUUGUCAAAACAGGAAAGUUCUACUUCUGUUAAGAAACCUAAAAGAGAUGACUCCAAAGACCUCGCUCUUUGCAGUAUGAUCCUUACUGAAAUGGAAACUCAUGAGGAUGCGUGGCCUUUUCUACUUCCUGUAAACUUGAAACUCGUUCCUGGUUAUAAGAAAGUUAUUAAGAAGCCUAUGGAUUUUUCCACAAUUAGAGAGAAAUUAAGUAGUGGGCAAUAUCCAAACCUUGAAACCUUUGCUGUAGAUGUCAGGCUUGUUUUUGACAACUGUGAAACAUUUAAUGAAGAUGAUUCUGAUAUAGGCAGAGCUGGCCACAGUAUGAGGAAGUAUUUUGAAAAAAAGUGGACAGAUAUUUUCAAAGUGAGCUGAAGUUAUAAUAACCUCUCUUUUUUUUUCCUUUUAAACAAGGACAAAUGAGACCAGCAAUGUGAACUGUAUUUACAUAAAUGUGCAAGGCACAUACAUAAUGACUUUUUUUUCCUUAAAAUAAGCAUCACAAAAAAACAAAAAAAAAAGUAUCAGAAGAAUGAUACCAUUUUUAAAGGCUUCACUCCUACAACAACCAAGGCCCUUGGUUAUUGGUUUGUGUGAUUUAUCAGCUAACUUAGGUAGAACAGGGAAGCACACCCAAAGAAUUUUCAAAGGAAAGGGUGUUAUAGUGCAAUAGCAAUUAAAAUAUAUCAAAUCGCACUGAAUAUUCAACACCAGAGCUCUAAUGUGGGAAAUGGUUCUCCUUUCCCUCUCAAUAAAUAUCUAUUUUUCAUUUUUUUACUUUGUAGUUUAUUUUUUAGUGAAUGUAUUUAAUUUUAUGAAUUAUUUAUGAUUAAACCACAUCCAGAAUCUUCGUUUUCUGUGAAAAGGAAGAACUAGAAAAUUGCUUUAAAUCUUGAAAAUACAACAAGGAAUGUUUUAAAAUAUAAAACAAAGCCAAGUUAAACUGUUUACACUGAUGUGCUAUAAAGCACCAAAAAUAAACUUUACUGUAGAGUUACAAGUACAUUUAUAUAUAUAUAUAUAUAUAUAUAUAUAUAUAUAUAUAUAUAUAUAUGUUGCUGCAUCACUUGUGUAGUUAAAUUGUAUUUCAAGACAGUGAAGAAAAAUUGACAUGUAUAUACUGUUCAUUAUUGUUUAUAUUAAGUCUUGUUUUAAAUAUGUAUUAUGUGUAUAUAUUGUUUGGAGACAUUAUUGUUUAUGCCUUAGAAGGAUUGUAGCAUUUUAUUUUAGUCUGAAGGUAAUUAUAGCUAUACAGCUUGUACAGUAAUUAUCCUCUACCAACACUGUGGCGUCUCCUUGAUCUUGGUAGUGCCUGCCUUUGAAACAGGGUGUAGGGGAUAUUAGUUUUCCAUUUUUCUAUUUUGUUAUAUAAUUUUAAGCCACCAGGGCCUAAAUUAAAGUAUAAUCAUUUGUAUCCAUGUGGAAUAAAAUUGUGACAAUUUCCUACACACACAGUAUUUUUUCAUAGAAACAUUUCCUUCCCAUUUGCCUUGCCUCAGAAAUAAAUUUAAAAGACAUUUGUAACCACUGUGUUUUAUCUACUGUGUGUUGUGGUGGCCUGUUGGAGGCAAAUAGAUCAGAAUUUUUUUUGUACCUAUGUAAGAGUACUUGAAGUUUUAUUUAAAAUAAAAUGUUGUGAAAAAGGUAGCAUUCUUUUUUUUAGGAGUGUUAUUUUUCACUACUAUGUGUGGCACGGAUACAAUAAAAGACUUUUACAAACUAGUUUUUUAGUUUUUCUUAAUGAGCCUGAAAAUGUUCAUUUAAAUUUGAUUUUUUCAAAAUCAUAAAGGAGGAACAACAGACUGUAGCUCAAAGGACAGUGGGCUGGAUGGAGGAGGGUGGUUUUAAGUCAAAUGUUGUGACUUGCAUCUCUGAACAGCAUUUUAUUGUUUGUUUUUUUCAUAUUUUCAAUAUGAAAAUUUUAGAAUACAUUUUAAAAGUCUUGUUCUGAAUGAGAAAUGUCUCUACUGGUAGACAUAUAACCCAGUUGUCAAUAAGCAAAGUUGAUCCUAUGAAUUAGUCUAAUAAGUCGUGAGCUACCAAUUCAAGCAUUCUUGAAAUAUGAUUUGAUGCCUUGCUGGGCUCUGAGGAAUCAGUGGUGAACGAGACAGGCACAGACCCAUCGUGGAGCGUACAGCCUAGUGAAGAUGUGGUCCUGAGACGAUGUCCUUAGAGAAUGGUUUUAAUAGUGAAGGAAGAGUAGAAAAGUUUUGAAGAAAAUAUUACUAACUUUAAAAUGCUUCGAAGCCACUGAGUAUUUUCCAAAAUUUCUAGAUUGUUUGUGGAGACUUCUAUGAAAAUCAGCUGUUGUUAUGUAAAUAUGUCAGUUUUUGUUAACCAUAUACUGCACUGAUGCCUUAAGGGGCUGGUGCUUCAUCAAAAAGACUAUGUGAAGAAAAGAACAAGGUGGUGCUGUGAAUAAAGUGUCUGGUUUCUGUGUUUAUUGAACUGCCAGAUGCUCCAUGGGGAGUCUUCUUCAUGGGGGUGUUGUGCCUUAGGGAUGAUACAUGCUUACAUUAAUUUAUAUUAGAUGGUAUAUAAGCAGCUUGAUAAUAAUAUGUCUGGUGUCUGAGGAGCUCAUAAAUGAGAAAUAAAAUACUUAAACACACAAAGUACAAUUUUUCAAGAGUGAUAAUUUUCUUUUAAAAAUAAAUGUCCCUGAAAAAAAAAGGAAAUCUUGGUAAAUACUGGCUCCUUUAUUUAUUUUUUUAAUGUUUAUUUACUUUUGAGAGAGAGAGACAGAGAGACAGAGAGAGAGACAGAGAGACAGUGUACCAGCAAGAGAGGGGCAGAGAGGAGACACAGCAUCCAAAGCAGGAUCCAAGCUCUGAACUGUCAGCACAGAACCUGACAUAGGGCUCAAACCUGCGGACUGUGAGAUCAUAACCUGAGCUGACAUCAACCACUUAACCAACUGAGCCACCCAGGUGUCCAAUAGUGGCUCCUUUAGAUUAGUGUCUUCGUUAUUGUUACUCACCAAGGGUAGGCGUUCAAGAAGUGGACAUGAUUGGAAAAGGGCAAUUGGUCUGGGUAACUAUUGUUACUAUAAAUUUGUGGAUCCUUUGUUUUGUGAAUGAAUCUUGCACUGACAGUACCCUGGGUUGGGUAUAUCUACAAUCAACCAGUAUCAUUUUUUCACUUUAAAUAUAAUAACAUUUUCCUUACCCUCUGCUGUCACACAACAAGUAUACGCAACAUACUUUAAACUAGGCUUUAAACCUGAACACUCUCCACUUUAGUUUUGAUGGCUCUGUAAAUUAUAUGUGGCUUCCCCACAUAUUUAGAUUUAGAUUAUCACUCAAGGAGUAACCAACCAAGAAUAACUGAGUAAUAGAAACACAGAAAACACAGAAAAUAGUCAUCAGUUUGAAAUAUGUAAAGAAUAAUUCAAUAUUUAUUUAGUUGUUAACAGUAGUGAAAAUUGAACAGUGAAAAUUUAUGGGUACACGUUGAACUCAUAACUAACUUACUGUAAACGCAAGGUGAUUGUUUUUUCUUGUUUCAACCCCCAAACGAAAUUUGUUAAAAUCAUCAAUUUAAUCAAAAUUAUGAGGAUCUAAUCUGUCCUUGGUACCUUAUGCACCCCCUCUGUGUUCCUUCUCUUUUCCAUCACCUCCAACCUCAUCCCCUUUCAAGAAAUUUAAAGUCCUAUUCAUUUAGCCACCCCGUAAACACAUUCUCAACCAGGAAAUCUGGUAUCAAUCAUUUACUCCUCCUGUAAAUUUUAUUUGUGGGCUCCCUCUCUUCAAGGUUAUUUGUAUCUUAAAUAUGUCCAUUUGAGAAAUGAAGGAAGUUUGUGUUCUGUUAAAAGAAUUUCAUGCCAACAAGGAGACAGAGUAAGUAUUUUUAAGAGAAUCAAAAUUUCCCUUCCAUAGGAUUAUGACUCAUAAAAAAAAAAAAUACAA